AUGAUGCCUGCCGCAAUUGCUGAUGCCCCAGCGGUCGCCAUGUCAUUUGCCAACAACUUCUGGGGCAAGGACGAUGCUGGCGUCGGUCCCCUUCUCGAGCGCAUGGUGAAUUCGAAGCAAACCUGCGAUGAGCUCAAGUCAUUCUAUGGCGCACGAGCUGCGAUCGAAGAUGAAUACGCCCGAAAACUGCUUAACCUUAGCAAGAAAUCCCUAGGCACCCACGAAACCGGAACAUUGAAGGCUUCGCUGGACACAGUCCGCAGCGAGCUCGAGGCCACGGCCAAGCAGCACCAAAGCAUUGCCGCGCAAAUGAAGACGGAGCUCGAAGAGCCGCUCGCAGCGUUUGCAGGGGGUAAUAAGGAGCGUCGAAAGAUUAUUCAAGGCACGGUCGAGAAGCUGCUCAAAGUAAAGGUCCAGCAGACAAAUCAGGUGAACAAGACUCGAGACAAAUACGAACAAGAAUGCUUGAAAAUUAAAGGUUAUCUCGCACAAGGCCAUAUGGUCAUGGGCCAAGAAGAACGUCGAAACAAGGCCAAGUUGGAGAAAACGCAAAUCAGCCUUGCAACUUCAAACACGGAAUACGAGAAUGCCGUCAAGAUAUUGGAAGAGACGACAGUCCGAUGGAACCGAGAAUGGAAGGCUGCUGCCGAUAAAUUCCAGGACCUUGAAGAAGAGCGGCUCGACUUUACCAAGAACAGCCUCUGGACAUUUGCCAACAUCGCCUCAACCGUCUGUGUCAGCGACGACGCAUCUUGCGAAAAGAUUCGACUCUCUCUCGAGAGCAUGGAUGUGGAGACUGACAUUGUCACUUUCAUAACUGAGCGUGGUACAGGCCAAGAAAUCCCCGAGGCUCCCAAGUAUAUCAACUUCGUCCGCGGCGAUGUUCACGAUACCCAGUCUGAGGCUUCCGAAGAUGAACACAACUAUACGGUGGCGCAAUUUCCUCGGAGUAUCAAUCCGGCUUUCCGCUCCUCUUCGCCGCAGCCUUCUACGUUUGAGUCUCAUCAUGAUCCCAACUCGGCCCUAGCAAACGAUUUGGCUCACAGGCCUCCCGUCAAGCCAACUGGCCGCGAGGGUGCGUCGACUCCUCAAAGGAGCCCCCAGAAGUUGCUUCCGGCUGGACGCCCAUCCAUGGAUGAGCCGCAUCGUAAGCAGCAACCUUCAAGCAUGGACGAUCGAUAUCGAAAGCAACCACUAGCGGUUGAGGAUCAGUAUCGCCGGCAGCUGCCUCCUGCAGAAGAGCAACAGCAGCAGCCUUACGGAAGACAGCCACAUGCAGCUGAUGACCAAUAUCGCAGGCAGCCGCCUGCGGCCGAGGAUCAAUACCGCAGACAACCACCGACCACGGAGGAGCAGUUUCGCAGGUCCCAAACGAAUUCGCAGCCCCCAUCGCCAUACGACACUCGACACCAGAGUCCAAAACCAACGACCCCUCACGACCCCUAUCCAAAGGAUGGAAUGACGAUGCUCUGCCGCCCCGGUGCCCCGUCAGCCAGCAGCCCUCAGAUCCAAUCAGCCAGGACCUCUGGCCGGGACUCCCGCAGCGAAUAUUCCGAUCCCACGUCAAUUUCUAGCCAGGAGCCUCAAAGUGGCAAAGGGUCUCCUAUCAAGCAGGAUCCGCCAGCUUCUGCAAGCCCUGAUAAUCGGAUGCUCAAAAAGAAGAGCGGCUUCUUCCAGAACCACAGCCCUUUUAGGCGCAAGAGCACCAAGGAUUUGCAAGCUGCCGCCAAUGGUAACCCAUCGCCUAGCAACAGGAACACCUGGCACCCGUCCCAGUCGCAGACAUCGACGAGUCCUCUGCGUCGACCUCAGCCCUACAGCGGCAACAGUGAGCCGCAAACUCGCAAUCUGCUGAAAGAGCGAACCGCCAGCCCAGAACCGAUCGAUGCCAAUGCAAGCUUAGCUCUCGGAGUGGGCGAAAACGUUCUGCCCGUCACAACAUCUGACACCAAUCGACAAAGACCACAGCAGCCAGUUCAGAAGGCUGAGCCGCAGGAUCCAAUUGCAGCUGCCUUGGCAGAGCUUAAGAACGUCAAUGUGGGCAAGCAAGCCUCCGUGAGGAUGUCGGCCGAUCAGUAUCAUGGUAUUUCUACGCCUGUUCCAAGCACGGAGGCUGCCAUGACACGGGCCUUUCCAACGCCUGGCAGCCAACCUCCGCCUUCGUAUCAGUCACAGACUCAGGUGACAAGGCUGGGUGUCCCUCCCCCAGCUGUGACGUCUAGGGCAAUGAAGGAGGCUACUCAGAAGAUUGCGAGCCAGUCCAGGAGCGUUUAUGGUGACGACGGCCGCAGAGGGUCUGUGAGCAGCGCUGCCUCACCUAUUUCCCGACCCGGCACUCGAGGCAACGAUGGCUCGGUUUCUCCAGCGACUAACCGCGGCGCAUCCCCUCAACCCCAACGGCGCAUGAGCAACGAUCCUCGACAGACGGGUCGCCAUUCAGUGUCACCAAACCCUUAUCAUGACCAUCGGCGGAAUGGCUCUCAAACCAGCUUAUCGCAGCAUAAUCAAGGGUACUACCGCGGUGCGUCCCCCCACGGUUCGACCCGAGGAUCCACCAGGGGUGCUUCGCCAAACCCAUACCGAGGCGAUUACAACCAUUCUCAGAGCCGUCCACCGAGCAGUUAUGGUGGUGGGUCUGAAAUGGCGGUACAACUGGCUGGUGGUGGCGAUGAUCGAUAUGGCUCAACUCGAAGUCGAAGCUCCGUACGCCCAGGCUCCCGUGCCGUGGGUUUGUACGAGGGAGGACAUCAGCGAAGCAAGAGCGUUGCUGAUCCAUCACGGCAAUAUUCUCGAGAUGGUCGACCAAUCCUACAUAUGGCACGCGCAAUGUUCAUGUAUCAAGCAGCUAUUCCUGAGGAACUUGGCUUCGCUAAAGGCGACUACCUAACUGUCUAUCGUCAUCAAGAUGAUGGCUGGUGGGAGGCAGAAGUCCACAACGGAAGUGGCCAGAUUGUUUGCAUCUCCCAGCUUCGCUCCCAAGCUAACGCCCGCUGCGUGCGCCAGGAAACAUUCCAAGAGACCGCGCGCGUCGUCACCUCGAAGCCUGUCCAGAGGGCCGUUGUCAAUGUCGUAUUGCUCGUGUCCGGAGCAGUGACGUUGCUCUGCCUGGCAGCAGUUGCUUCUGUGCUCUUCUUCCAAAACUUUGUUCCUGACCAGUUUGUCACCACGCCGAUUCAUCUUCAAUAUGGGCUGAGCUCCAACCCAUAUGGCGUUGCUGCGCUCACCGUUCCAAUGCUGAAAUCGCAGCAAGACUACGACAUCUCCGUCACCCUCUCCAUGCCGCGAUCUCCACCAAAUGUCGAGCGAGGGAACUUUAUGAUUAGUUUAUAUCUGUUGGAUUCGAAAAUCAGCGAUACACUAGACGUGAGCGCACGUAGAUUCGCCAAUGAACGAUCUGAUUUCGAACACAGCAACGUGUUGUUUACGUCGCGGAGACCUGCCUUGAUCCCCUACGUUGAUCCUGUGGUGUCUUUGGCUUCGCGCAUUCUAUUCCUGCUCUAUCACUUGAUAGUUCCGACAUCACAGACUUGCGCAUUGAAUGUACCGGUGGCAGAGCGCGUCACCUUCCCCACGGAUUCUGCUAUACCUUCGACGGCGUACGUGGAGGUGGAGGCGGGGCAAGGAAUCCAGAUUUACAGCGCCUCCCUGACGAUGACUGCACAGCUCAGCGGUCUUCGAUGGCUCAUGUUCCAUUAUCGCCUCUUGACUUUUAUCACUUUUACGAUGCUGUUCUGGGUCUGCGAACUCGGGUUUAUGGUUGUUGCUUGGGCCAUAUUGAGUUCUCUGCUAGGGACGUCAAACAGCACGGAGCUCAAGAGCCAUAGAAGUCAGCGCCGGUCUACCACUGGAGGCAUGACUGACUCUGAUGGUUAUGAUGAGAACGACGAUGGAGAUGAUGCAUCCGACUACCCGCAACAAUUUCCUACCUAUGGAAAACAACCCCCUUUGAAGCAUGAGCCCGACGUCAAGGAUGAAGAGGAACCCAAGCAGCCUCUUCACGAGAUACCCGUUGCCGGGGAAGAGGCUGAUGACGAGGAAGAAGAUGCACCUCGAGACUCGGGCAUUGGUACAAGCUAUAGCGGAGAGGGGAGUAGCAGUGUUCGGAAAAGGUCGAUACGAUCAGACCCAGAGAGGUAG